UAAGGGGCUACGGGACGCAGUUAAUUUUCCACGAGUCAGACAUUGUUUACAAUCCGUCGCGGUGAGGUGUGCUCUGCCCACCACACAUGCUAGCUGUUGUUAAAUCCCAGUAUAUUUUUUAUGGUUCUUUUUCCAAGAUGCUGUGUACGGCAGAUUUACAAGCUCGUCUUGGAAGAAGAUGCGGGCGUGGGCGUUAGUUUCGUCGUGGUUGUUGGUGUGUGUGUGGGCGUUGUGUCAUGCCUCUUCACCCAUCAGAAUCUCCGUGUACGGAUUCCCUGCUCCUCCAGGCUACGGCAGGAGGCUGCCACCGGAGAUCUCUCAGACUCGUCCACGUCGGAACGCCACUUACAUCGUUGCGAGUUCAGAGAUAAACAUAGAGGGGGACGACACCAGUAAGGAGGUCUCAGCAUCUGAAGAUUUCCCUGACGACAUAAACGGUGACGACGUGGAUGACGACGACCUACACGGUGACGACGUGGAUGACGACGACCUACACGGUGACGACGGGGAUUACGAAGACUUGUACGAUGAAGAUCUGCACAGCAACGGAAAGGAUGUAGACCGCCACCUGAACGGGACGACUCAUCUCACCAAGAUCGGAGCGCCUGUAAACAGGAUGGGCGUGGCGGCCGUGCGCACACGCAAGAGGAAGCUCCGCCCGGUUCUUCCUGAGCCCAGGAGACGCUCCCAGGCGCUGGAGACGAACACAUCGAGAAGCGUAGGGUCACCUCCGUCUAUCCGGCCACCAGCGCUGCCCCCGGCAGUGCCACAUGGAUUCUUUGGUCCGCCUGCAGUACCAGGGUUGGACAUAAAGCCUCCUGCACCACCAGUCUUGCCACCCUCCACACCCACACCUUCACUUAUGGGCAGCUUUGGUCCACCAGCCAUCCCACCACCCAUCAGUUCUCCAUCACCCCCACCUGGGGCUGACCAAGCACAGGUAACAGAUAUUAAGUGUAUGAAGACUGGCUCUACUAGUUCUUUCAUGGCGGUAUUGUCACUGCCUCUGGGAUACAAUGCUAUCCCAGUCUUCGAGGACAGACCUACCAUCGACCCCACCAUCAACACCGCCUGCAGGAUGAUCCCCACACAACUCACUAAUGACAUGUUCCAACUCAUUGUCUCGGACCUAGAGCGAUGUGGAGUGAGGGAGUGUCGACAACCCAAUGGCGAGACUUGGCUGUGUCUACAACUACGGUUCCCUCUGGUGAACGGACUUAAACUGCCUGAGGACGAGAUUAUUCAGAUCCGGUGUCGGCCACAGGACAAGGUUGCUCAGGAUACCCACGUCUUGAGGGUAGCCACUGCCAAGUACGCCGCUAAAGAGGCAAUAAAUGGAGUGUUGUCCACGUCACUGUUUGAAGGAGGUCAACAGGAGUUCCAGUGUGAGAUCGGUCUCUUCAGGAAGCUCCCAGGAACUGACCUGUUUGCAUCAAUAGUGACCCCAGAGGUGGAGCUUGACCUCGGGGAGGAGGUGCAGCUUCGCUCUAUCGUCAGAGCUGGUGAUGGUUGGCAGUACAGUCGCAUCACAACAAUCAUCAUCCAGAAGGUGGGGGCCCCGCGCGCUCGGUCUAUACUCAACGCUGCUGACCUUGUCUUCGCUGAUGGCUGCCGCAAUCCUUCAUAUAAGGUAAUUGCUCGUCAUCACCCAAAGAGGGACUCGCGCAAUCCAUUGAUCAACAACUUCACCUUUAGAAUGUUCAUGUUCCAAGACAUGGAAGUUGGUGACACUCUUAUGAUCACUGCUAAUGUCAUCGGCUGUGUUGAUGCUGAAGAUUGUGCACCAACAAACUGUGGACCAGGGGAUGAUGAUCUUCUGGGAUUUGGUAAAAGGAAAAAGCGUGCACUGAGUGAGGUGAGCUUCACUACAGUUGUGCCUUCAAGUAUACUUCCCUCCUUGGGCCCUCCCUACCCUCCCCCUGUCAUUACCUCUACCUCCACAGUGCCAUCAACAUCCAUCAGCCAUUCCCAGAGACGCCAUGAGAAUACUACCAACUGGGAGAGGAACUUGACUGUCAAAGUCAAAAUUCCUAAUGAGGUCCAACAGGAGUCCAUUGAAGCUCAAGAGUGUCGUCUUUACUUAUUCAUCACCUUGGGAGUGGCUGCAGUUUUCUGUUUUGCAUCCAUUAUCUUCGUGGUUUUUAUUCUGUUACGUGGCAGUACAAAGGAGGCAUCCACAGCCACUCCUGUAGCAUCGACAAGAGGACAGUCAGGACCAAUAUCACCUUUAUCACCAGAGUCAACAUACUCAAGCUCCCUCUCAACAGAAGGCUCGUUAACUAGUAUUUGUAGUUCUCCUUUAUCAAAUUUUCCUGUUCCUCCUACAGUCAGACAUAGAAAACGUCAAGUUAAUGCUGAACUUUUGAAAGUUUUUGACACUGAACAUCAAUUUCCCUAUGGUAGUUAUUAUCCCGGAAUGUUAAACUACUAUGGCUACAUGGUGGUACCUCGCAGAUCAAGAGAAAGAUUUAGUGAGAAAAAGUCCCUUCGAGCACUUAAGAGAGAGCAAAAGAGACAUUUGGAUGAAGCAGACUUCUUGUGUCAUUGUAGCAAUAAGCAAUGUGGUAAUAAUGAAGACUCCACAACAGAUAAUCACAAAUCAAUCAUCAGAAUAUCAACUUCAGGAUCUGACACUGGAUCAUCCUCUCUCAUCCGCCCUCCAAAACCUGUACCAAGAAUGCAAAAAAAUAACAAUGAAAAUCUCUACAGUGAAAUUCCCCUAAGUAGUAUACCAACCAUGGUCUAAGAAAGUGUACUACAGUUUUAAUGCCAAAAACUUGUACAUGUAUAUAUGAUGUGGCUUUAGGGAACAUUUUGUAGUUGUAUUCAUAGAUUAGACUAAAACUAGAAAUAUGAAAAAUCUUACCCUGCAGGGUCUUCCAAAAUACCUCACAGGUACAGUAACUCAGUAAUCAGAUUUACAGUACCAGAUUUGGGAAAGUGUAACCAAUUCUGCAAAUUAUAUAAGAGUAGAACAGUGUGACCCCUAGCUGUGCUUGGGGACCUGCAGGUAUUGAAUAGCAUCACUGGACAAAAUACUGUGCUCUCAAGAACAUGAUGGAGCACUGCAAUAAGUAGGUUCUUCUCAAAUCACCCUUCAGUGACUGUGUUGCAAAUUUUUAAUUUAAAACACAUUCCUGAAAACAAUACUACUGAAAAACUAUGGCUUUAAAAAUUCUGCCCCCUCAAGGGAUGUUCUUUAAAUGUCAGUGAGGGGCUCUCAGUCCAAGGAAUUGAAUCCAGCUGCACCUUCCUAGGAUUGAACCAAAUUGCCUAUUUUCUGCAGGUGCUGUAUGACUCCUAUGGAUUUAGCCCUUCCUGCCCCCUCUCCCCAAGAAUGUAAUUCUGCAAUUUAGAAUUUUGAUUUUUCAUAAGUAAGAACUUACUAUGAAAACUGUUCGUGAAAGAAAUAAGCUUUAAACGGGUAAAGUUCAUAAUACAGCAUCUACAGUAGCUUUAAGUAAUUUGUAAAUCAGAGUUAAAAAUAUUUGAUAUUUUUUCAAACUGAUUUUUUAUACAGAAUAUGUAGGCAAGUGGUAAAAAUAAAGACGAUCCAGUGAAAUCAUUCAUGGUAGUGCUCCACCCAGUGGGCCUUAGAGUACAUAGCACAGUGAGAAAAAUUACAGCUGAUAUAGGGUAUCUGGUAUGGGUAGUCAGCUAUUCAUAUGCCAAGUAGAGCAUUGCUGGAGGCCUACUAGUCCAUGCUGGGUUUCCUUUUUUUAAAGACUUGCUAUGGGAGUCAGAGUAAUGUAUCACAAUUUUGUUUUAUGAUGCUAGUUUGAGAGGACUCAAAACACCUGCAUUUAAUUCUGUCAUUUUUCUUUAAAUAAUAGUGAUAAUUGUGUUCUGGUGCUGUAUACAAGUCAUCGUCCCCUCUACAGGCACACUUGUGUUCCUGUAUGAGCAGUUUCUCCAAUAUAAACCUGGCCACAUCUACCACAGAGAAUGCAUCCUUAGGGUUCUGUGUAAGGUGUGGUAGUCCUUGUGAGGUCUAAUGGGUUUUGUAGUAUUCACAGUAAUGUUGAGUUGGAUUUAUAUAGUAUAGGGGCCAGUGUGUUGGCUGUGGCACUGAUAGACAAUAUAUGUUUUUGAUCAACAUAGGUAUAAGCUUUUGGCACUAAGGUUUAUCAUAUCUGCAUAUCAUAUCACAUUGUGAGGGAAUUUUAAGUUGCAUUUAUUUGCUUAGUAAUCCUGAUCAUCCUGAGGUAAGUUGUCUUUGUAGAUUCUAAACACCCAUAGGAAAAAUUCAGUUAACACUCCUUGGUUUUAAUGGUGGAUAGAAACAAAUUAAGUCAUCUUUAUUAUUAGGCUUGCAGUAUGUUUUGGUAUAUCCUUUUGCCUAGUGAGGUGAACAUACAAAAAAAGGCAGUGCAUCAUUAACUACUUCCUGCAGGCAACUUGUACACCGAGUGAUGUCAAGUAAUAAUGUUGGAAAAAGGUUUUACAAUUACCUCCCCAUGAUACACACAAAGUAGAUGGGAUAUGCCUUAAUGCCAAGAGCCUGAACAACUGUAAAUAAAUAUAUAUACUGUAUUGUGUACCAGCACUUUAGCCAACGCAGUGACCUCUGUACUAUGCAAAUCCAACAUCAGAGUAGAUGUGGUUACAACCCAUACCCUCCAAGACAUCACAAGGACUGCCACACCCUUUGCAGAACUCAAGAAUGAAGUUGACAGCAUUCCCCUGUGGUGGCUUUAACAGAGUUUGCAUCAGAGAACUGUGUACACGAACACAGGCAAGACUGUAGUUUACACCACCACACGCCCAUUCCAGCAUCAUAGCAUAAGACAGUCAAGCUACCGUUUCAAGAAAACAAAUUGAAACUUAGAUGCUUAGUCGUCUAUGAUGAAACUAACACUAUAAAACAAAAUUGUGAUAUGUUCACAUUGGUAAUUUGCAUCAUAUACAUCUAGGAAAAGGAAACCCAGUGUGGGCCAGUAGGUCUCUUGAAUGCACUAUUUGGCAUAUGUACCUGACUACCCACUCCAGAUGCCCUGUACAAGCUGUAAUUUUCUGACUGCUAUGCACUUGGUAAAGUGCACUCAUGGGUGUAACAUUGCAUGUAGUACUGUACUACUAAACUUGUCACUGUAUUGUCUCUACUGUUUCAGUGUAACUUCAUAAGUGUGUAACUAAAAUGUAAUUUUUAAUAGUGUUUUCUACCAAAAUUAUAUUUUCACCUAGCAUGGCUUCACCCCCCACUACUCAUCAAACACUUGUCUGAUAUUUUUUAACAAACAACUUCAGUACCCUAAGUUUUAUUAAUACAAUAAUGUAUAAUAUAAGAAAUUAUAAUACAAUAAACUGAUCACAUCCAAGAACUGGUAUACAGUGGAACCUCUACUUGCAAGUUUAAUCCAUUCCAUGGCCUUGCUCACAACUGGAUUUGCUCAUUUGCAGUAAAUUUUCCUUAUUUAAAUUAAUUGAAAUGCAAUUAAGCCGUUCCAGUGGAAUUCUGUACUUCAAUAAUUUCGCUAAUAUCAACUCUAUGGCUUAUUUAUCUAUCACUGUUCAUCUAAUAUGACAUAAACAAUAAAAAUAACAUAGAAACCUGAUAUAUACUCUAGAAUGAAUAAAAUGUGGCAUUAUAUAUGUGGCAGCGGCAGCGGCCGACGAGUUUGGACACAGGACAAAAUACUCCUUCAAUAUUUCGUUAACAACUCUAUGGCUUAUUUAUCUAUCACUGUUCAUCUAAUAUGAAAUAAUAAACAAUAUAAAUAACAUAGAAACCUGAUGUAUACUCCAGAAUGCGUAAAAUGUCUUUGUAAUAGGUGGAGGCGGCCACAACCGCCCCCCUUUGUUGUGGUAAACACUGCCAUCUAGCGACGGCCUUUUGAAGUAGUCUAUCAUUAUAAUUAUGUAAUACAUUAUUAUUAUAUAUGUAUUAUUAUUAUUAUACGUAUUACAGUGGACCCCCUCAUAACGAUCACCUCCGAAUGCGACAAAUUAUGUAAGUGUAUUUAUGUAAGUGCGUUUGUACGUGUAUGUUUGGGGGUCUGAAAUGGACUAAUCUACUUCACAAUAUUCCUUAUGGGAACAAAUUCGGUCAGUACUGGCACCUGAACAUACUUCUGGAGUGAAAAAAUAUCAUUAACCGGGGGUCCACUGUAUAUUAUUAUUUUUGUACACUAUUAUAUUAUACUACUAUUAUUAUACAUAUGUUUAUUAUUAUUAUUACGUUAAGCAUCUUUCCAUCAUACAUUGCCCAAGUUUCAAUAAGAUAGUCUAACAAACAAAUAAGAUACAAUUCCCUAGAUCAAGAGGUGUGCUCACUUAUGGAAAUUUUGCUCGCAUAUGGAAGCAAAAAAUUGACAAAUCGACUGCUCGUAUUUGGAAAAAACUCGCAUGUGGAUGCGCUCACAAGUAGAGGUUACACUGUAUGGCAAAACCUUUAAUUAACAGACAAGUAAGAAAGAGAGGGUAUCCAGUAAAACCAACUGUCCUGUAAAUAAACAGUGAUAUUUUUGAAUGAUGAGAACAGUAAUUAGCAUUUCUGUAGACUGUCCAUUAAAUCUGAAAUCAAUUUACCUGAUGGACUAGACACUGUUUCUUGUUCAGAUGAAUUUUAUCAGAAGCUUCACUGCAUUUACAUAUUACAUGUGGGAAGAAUAAAAACAUAGGUCUACUGGCCCAAAUAAGACAGUACAACUUGAGUAGGUCUACUGGCUAGUGAGGUAAGGUCUAGUUACACUCAAAUACUGUAAAUCCUGUGCAACAGUGGAGAGGAGGUUGUAUGAUGAGCCAAAAGUCCAUUACAUCAAAAUUUUUAAAUUGAUUUUUCAUGACUAACAAACAUUCAACACAGCAGAAUUGGUCUGUUGUAAAGGAAGCCUACCAGACACUUGCUACCACUGACACAACAGCAGGCAGUGGAUGUGGUCCAUUAUACUAAAUUAGUGCAAUCAAAUAUUUUGUAGUAUCUGAAAUACAUUACAUAGGGACUGCUAUAUUAAAGGGUUUACCAUAUUAAUUAAUUUGUAAAACUUAUAGGUCUUUGCUUUAUUAUUAUAACUAAGCACUAAACCCACAAGGGUCAUACAGCACUGAGGUAUUUGCUUUAACAAUGCAGUUUAUUACUCGUGUUGCCAAACCAAUAUACAGUGGACCCCCGGUUUGCGAAGUCAUCGGUACCCGAUAAAUCCGGUAUCCGAAGCAUUAUAUCGCAAAAAAUUUGCCUCGGUUCACGUUACAAUACCCAGUACACGAUACGAUUCGUACGAGACGUGUCCACGUGUGGCCUGAACUGCCCCAUGUGUGCCAGUGUUUACAAGCCAGCCAGUGCGCGCGCAUCUAAGGAUACAUUCGGUACAUUCCAUAUUAUCCAUAUUAUCACUGUUUUUGGUGCUUGUUUCUGCAAAGUAAGUCACCAUUGGCCCCAAGAAAGCUUCUAGUGCCAACCCAUUGAGACCAAGGGUGCUAAUGACUAUUGAAAUGAAGAAAGAGAUAAUUGCAAAGUAUGAAAGUGAAGUGCGUGUGUCGGACCUGGCCAAGUUGUAUAGUAAAUCCCAAUCAACCAUCUCUACUAUAGUGAGCAGGAAAAUGGCAAUCAAGGAAGCUGUUCUUGCAAAAGGUGCAACUGUGAUUACAAAACAGCGAUCGCAAGUGUUAGAAAACGUUGAGAGACUGUUAUUUGUGUGGAUAAAUGAAAAACAGACAGCUGGAGAUAGCAUCUCUCAAGCGAUCAUUUGUGAAAAGGCUAGGCAGUUGCAUGAGGAUUUAAUUAGAAAAAUGCCUGCAAACUAGUGGUGAUGUGAGUGAAUUUAAGGCCAGCAAAGGUUGGUUUGAAAGAUUUAAGAAUCGUAGUGGCAUACAUAGUGUGAUUAGGCAUGGUAAGGCUGCCAGUUAUGUUGUGCGACAGAAGUCCAGUGACUCUCAAGCUGGUCCUAGUGGCAUUAAAAGAAGAAGGGAAGUAACCCCAGAAAAGGACUUGCUACCUGAAGUCCUAAUGGAGGGGGAUUCCCCUUCUAAACAUUAAAAACUUCGACACUCUCCCCUCCUCCCAUCCCAUCAAUCAUCACCAGAUCUUUAUUAAAGGUAAGUGUCAAUUAUUCUAUUGUGAUUAUUCUAUUGCAUUAAACUUAAUAUUUCAUGUGGUAAGUUUUUUUUUUCAUACUUUUGGGUGUCUUGCACGGAUUAAUUUGAUUUCCAUUAUUUCUUAUGGGGAAAAUUGAUUCGCUUUCCGAUAAUUUUGCUUUACGAUGAGCUCUCAGGAACGGAUUAAUAACGUGAACCGGGGGUCCACUGUAAUAUAUAAAAUGUGUACCAUAACUACACACAAGUUCUUGAAUUAUCUAUGAAGAAAUUACUGAAGUUGUUUAAGAACUCCACAUUAGUUUCUCAGGACAGAUUUACUGGUUAUGAUCAAAAUGUUUCGAGACUGCUUUUCAUUACAGUACAUGAAUACUAAGGGCUACUUAAGUAAAAUAUUGUACAUUUGAGAACAUGUUUGGUGCCUGUGUAGAAUGUGAGAUAGUGCUACUAUUACUGUAGUCUUAUUACCUAUUUGUAGCUACAGGAUCAGAGUCAAGUUUGUGAUAUCUUGUCUUUGGAACCUCUAUUUGUUCAUUUCAUAAUUGGGGUCUUGGUACACUAUAAUUUUCCCUGUCAAAUAGUAACUCAAAGGUUUUCUUUUUGCAUGUCAAAGAAGCAAUGAGAAACUCUGAUGUUCUGAAAUAAACUGGAGUCAACAGGCUCUCAGAAAUGACUAUUUUAUGCAGCACUUGAAAUGUGUGAUACCAUCUAGUGAGUCAAUUCAAGAUACAAUAUGCUUAUGUUAAAAUAAUGCCUCUUAUUUUUGCAAUCCAGUCUUCAUAAGUGUCAGCCUGUUGCCUUAUAAGCUGUGAUAAUGUAAAGUAAGGCAAUGCAUUGAUCUGAAAGUAUUUGGUCUCGAAAUUUUUUAAUCAUUGAGUAUUUAUAAAAUAUGAUAAGGAUAUAUUUUUUCUCUUCAUUAAUUUGUAAGCAGAUCAUUUUAUUGUAAACAUUAUGCAAAGUCACCAUUACAUAAGAUGUUUAAAAGAUAAUCCUCACAGGGCACUCCACCCAUGGCAUGCAGCAGAACUGGUACCUUCCCCACUUAAUGAAACUGUUUUGUACUUGUGGAGACAUUGGACACCAUCCAGUGGUGCAGGCAUAUGUUUUAAGUGUUUAGGUGCACCAGAUCUGGUCAUUCUUUCAUAUUACUUGAGGUCUCUCCUUCCUAUAGGGGUCGUAUCACCCCUCACUGUCCAACUGCUACUUAACCUUGGUCUCCCAUUGUUUGGAUGCAUGACAUGCAUAUGGUUUAAUGUUGGGUGCCAGAUGAAAAUAGUGGGGUUCUCUAAAUUACCUAGAGUGGGUCUCUGGAGGUGUGAAAUGUCAUAGUUAAAAAAAAAACUGCCUAAACCAUUCUUGCAUUCUAUGUACAUUCUUCUUGGUGCAAAUGAAUGGGUUUUUCACCAGUAUUGGUGGAGGGGAGCUGGUAGAGGGGCCACCUGCUUCUCAGGGCAGCAUUUUUAACCAGGUUUUCCAGUGUUCUGUUCUUUUCAUAAUUUAUAGACUGUUGCCCCAAAGUAGGAUCACUCAGCCCCACCAUGAUUAUAUGCACCAACAUAUCACCAGAGGCAACUAAAUUCACAAUCUAAUGCACUCUGUUGGCAUCUAUUCACAAAAGUCUUGAAAGCAAGGCUUGACAUUUAAAAAUAUUCAUUUUCAGGGAAGGACGCUGGGUGCCCUGAGGCAGAUCAGUACUACUACUACUGCUGUUGUACACCAGUAAGUGCUAACUGGGUUAUUAGGCUCACUAUGAGGUCUUACUGUUGCUGGGAACAUCUUAUUAAAGCUGCAGGGUGAGAGCUCAAGUUACUGAUGUCACUUAGCCAGCAUCUUGCAGGCCCUCUUCCUGUUUUGAAUCUGCCACAUCCUAUUCGUGCAUGGUAGUCUGAGGGAAGAAUAAACACAGCCAAAGUAGACACCAUUAGUCACACGUCUAAAAUAUAGAGAGCAAGGCUAGCUAGGCACCUGCCAGUGUUGUUCAAGUUUUAAUAUAGUGCUUGGUGAGAUUAUCCAGUUAAAACAUGACAAUUUGUUUACAGCUGUUAUAUAAGUGUACAGAUUAUAUAAGGGUGACAUUGUAUAUUUCAUAUUUAUUGUAGAUGCAAGUAUCGACUUUUAAUGUUAUUACUUGUUAGUCAACUUAUGAUCCAAUAAAAUACUUUUUCACAUGUGAAAUUUUAUUGGCUGCAUUUAAACAGUUUAUUAAUAAUACAAAAUACUUGUAAGUUACCUGCAAAUAUUUCCACCAUAAUUGAAGUGGAUCAAGUGGAUUUUAUCACUUGCCCAGUCUGAGACUGACAGUACAUGACAUACUACGUACUUAAAAGUGGGUUACAUUCUGUGCCUUAUGACCACUUGAACUGGUAUAUCCUGUUCCUGCCACCACUAAAACCAGUGCAACAUCUUGCCUUACAGCAUGAAACCUAGCAAUACAUAUCCAUUAAUUCAUAGUAAAAAAAUAUUUUUCUUUGUCAUAUUUAUGCUACUC